AUGUUCUUUCGUCGUCAUGUUGUCAGAACAGUACCAUUGAGACCGUGCACGGGUGGCGAGAGUUGCUAUAACUUAAUUCCGACAGUCCAUGAAUGUCAGUGUUGUCGAUUCCAAAAGUGUAUUCAAACUGGAAUGACAAUUCUGACUUUACUUCAGAAAACUGAUUUUCACAAAACAAUUCAAACGUUAUCAGAGUGGAAUUAUAAUCGUAACAUCACAAUUUUUAACUGCUACCCUACUGACAUCGACCUCAAUGUUUCUACUAUAAUAUCAGGCCCAGUACGGUACACCCCAAGAGCUCCGUAUCUGGACUUUCAAUCUUGGACCUAUACAUCUACAGUAACUACUAUCGAUUUCAUGAGAAAGUUUCCAUUUCUGUACUUUUCAAAACUGCAAGAUCAAGAAAAUCUGAUCAAGGCAUAUUUUGUGAAGGUUGGAAGUUUGUGUGCAGCUUUUCGUGCUUAUUCGGAGGGAAAUGGCUUCUUGACAUUCCCAGAUGGGUCUGAUGUUUUACCUCCUGGUGUGAUGAGUCCCGAUCUGGAAGAUUUGGAGAAUCGUAUUCGAUGUAGAUUGGUGGGACAGUUAAUAGAAUUACAGAUAACAAUGGAAGAGUUUUUGUUUAUGUUGGUUAUCUUGAUCACCAAUCCAGCAAUCCCCAACCUAUCUGAAACUGGCCGUAUACUCUCUUCUUCCUACCGUAACCUCUACACCUCUGCAUUAUUCGAGUAUUGUAUGCUCACUCAUCAAAAGUAUGGACCAACCAGAUUGACUGAUCUUCUAUCUUUAUCUCAUGUCAUUUCGAAACAUUAUGAAGAUCUGAAUCAGUAUUUCGUGCUACUUCAGUUGAACAACACUGUUUUCCAGAUUAAAUAUAUUGUCAGAGAAGGGUUGGAUUUGCUGUAA